AUGAGGGCCGCUUCAGUUCUCGUCGCAGCUGGCUUCGCUGCUCCUGCGCUGUGCGGGCAGAAACUCGUCUCGCCCAAGGAGCUCAUCAAGCAGAUCAAGCUCGAGGAUCUCCUCGCCGGAUCGCAGCAACUCCAGGAUUUCGCUGACGCCAAUGGCGGAAACCGCGCUUUCGGUGGACCGGGCCAUAACGCUACGGUCAAUUGGCUCUACAAGACCCUCAAGAAGACGGGCUACUACGAUGUCUCGCUGCAGCCUUUCGUAGAGCUGUUCUCGUCUGCAACAGUCAGUUUCACCGUUGGUGGGACUGAGUAUCCGGCUGCGUACAUGACAUAUUCGCCUUCUGGAAACGCAUCAGCACCCUUAGUUCCAGUCGCGAAUCUCGGCUGCGAUCCAGCAGACUUCCCAGCUGGUGUCUCCGGCAACAUCGCCCUAAUCUCACGAGGAACCUGCACGUUUGCGCAAAAGGCCACCAACGCCAAAGCGGCGGGCGCCGUCGGAGCAGUCGUCUACAACAACGUAGAGGGCAGCUUAGCCGGCACACUUGGCGGCGUAGGCGACUACGCGCCCACCGUUGGAAUUUCUCAGGGCGACGGGCAGACGUUGCUCCUUGCCAUCCAAGCCGGUACGGUGGAGGCUACCCUGGUCGUAGACGCCGUGACCGAGAACCGCACCACGUACAACGUCAUCGCGCAAACCAAGUGCGGCGACAAGAACAAUGUCCUCAUGCUUGGCGGCCACACCGAUUCCGUCUUCGAAGGCCCGGGCAUCAACGACGACGGAUCCGGCACUAUUGGUGUGCUCACCGUGGCGAAAGCCCUCACCAAGUACACCACCAAGAACGCCGUCCGCUUCGCCUUCUGGUCCGCCGAGGAGUUCGGCCUCCUGGGCUCCUACCACUACCUGAAGACGAUCAACGGGACUAUUUCGGGCUCGGCGAAGGAAGUCGCCAAAGUCCGCGCCUAUCUCAACUUCGACAUGAUCGCGUCGCCGAACUACGUCCUCGGCGUCUACGACGGCGACGGCAGCGCCUUCAACUUCUCCGGCCCGCCCGGCUCCGGAAAAAUCGAAAAGGACUUCCAGGCGUUCUACGAGAAGCGCGGUCUCCCGCACGUCCCCUCCAUCUGGUCCAUGCGCUCCGACUACGCCGCCUUCCUGGAAAACGGCAUCCCGUCCGGCGGCCUCUUCACCGGCGCCGAGGAGCUCAAGACAGAAGAGGAGGCGCAGCUCUUCGGCGGCACGGCUGGUGUUGCGCUCGACGAGAACUACCACCAGGCCGGUGAUACUGUCGAUAAUCUUGCCGAGGAUGCGUAUCUGCUCAACACGGAGAGCAUUGCGAAUAGCGUUGCUAUGUAUGCGAAUAGCUUCGAGGGCAUCCCGAAGGCGAAUACUACGCUGCGGAAGAGGGAUGCCGAAAUGGCGAGGUAUAUGGCGAGAUUUGAUCAGGGGCAUGUGCAUAAUCAUGCCGCGCCUUGUGGGCAGGGCACGUUGGUUAUGUAG